AUGGCAAGGCAGGCAGUUCGAAAGGUAAGCCCGCCGCCGAGAAGUUUGCCUCAGUUCAUACUGAUCUGUAUCCCAGCGUUGCUCAAGGAACUCGCAGUCACAUCGAAAGGCGUCCAGUGCGUCAACCUGAAUGGCCGGCAUGUGGCUACGUCAAAAUGUGCUUUCGGGCGUCUUUGGUCUGGUAACUUCGAAGAGGGCAAGGUGCGCGGCGAGAACUUCAAUAUCAGCUAUGGUGAUGGCGAGUUCCUGACUGGCACGCUGGGCUACGAGGACGUCUUGGUCGCUGGCAUUACCGUCAAGCAUCAGGAGAUUGCUUCCGUGACUGAAGGGUACUGGAACGGCGACGGCGUGACUAGUGGGAUCAUCGGCUUCGCAUACUCUGCUCUCACGGCGGCGUAUAGCGGAACGGAUCCCAGUCAGGACAACCCAAAGACGAACAAUGUCCACUAUGAGAACUGGAUCGACAACGCCAUCGAUGAGGGCAAGAUCGAUUCGUUGUUCAGCGUUGCGAUUGAGCGUGGAGCAAAUGGUGGAGGCGGUCAGAUUGCUUUAGGAGGGCUGCCGACGAUCGAUUUCAACCACAGCUUCGCCUCGACCCCGUUGGAGAUCCACAGCUUUACGCCUCGACAUCCGCUGGAGAAGACGAACUUCACUUACUACACCAUCCAACCGGAUGGAUGGGUAGUCGAUGGGGAGUCUGUCUCGACCAACUUCCGAACGAUCGUGGCCCGCUACGCCACAGCGAUCAACUACACCUUCGACCCUCCAGCAGAGUGCGUCCCGAGUUCCGGAGUAUUUGAAACCGCCUGCAACGCAAAGUUGCCUGACCUCGCCGUCACCAUCGGCGGCAAGAACUUCAAGAUCAGCGCUGCUGAACUGCUCCUUAAGGGUGAGCAAGGGAGGGACCCAAGCACUGGGCUCUGCGUUACUGGGAUCCAGGCUGCGCCCGGUCCGCCAGCGAUCUUGGGAGAUACGUUUCCUAAGAAUGUUGUUGCCGUGUUUGAUGUUGGCAAGUCGGAAAUGCGGUUUGCGCCGCAUGUCAACUACUAA